AUGUCCGAUGAUUUCGUCAAGUCAUCUUCUUCUCACCAUGAGUGGGACGAACCGGCCUUCCUCCAGUCGGAUCAGAAAUUGACCCUCCGUUGCAUCCCAUUCACUGCGGCUGUCCUGUUCGGAUAUGACACGAUCGUGAACGGAGCGGCCAUUUCGAUGCCUGCGUUCAUUAUGUACUUCGGAGAGAAAAACUCUUCCGGAUUAUAUCUUCCAUCACUCUGGACCUCACUAUGGACCUCCAUGUCGGCUUUGGCGCAAGCCCUUGCAGCUACUGGCACUGGAUUUCUAGCCGAUCGCAUCGGUCGGAAGUGGUCAGGUUGCAUUGCAGGAGUCAUCUCCUUGGCGGGUGCAACUGUUCAAUACACUGCUCACACCAGAAGCGCCCUUCUUGGUGGGAAGAUUGUGUCUGGUCUGGGAAUCGGCAUGGCCAUGGCCGCUGGCACAACAUACGCCUCGGAAAUCGUUUCUCCUCGUCUCGUCUCCCCUGUUCAACAGGCACUAGUCAUCUUUAUUCUCAUCAUGCAGGCCUUGGCCAUGGGUGUCAUUCGAAUUUUUGUUCCUGAUAUCUCGGAGCACUCUUUCCGAACUGUUUUCGCCAUCCAGUGGGGAGUUGGUGCACUCGUCACCAUCGCUUUUGCUUUGGCGCCCGAGUCUCCCAUCUACUCUAUUGUGAACAACAAGCAGGAAAGUGCCAAGAAACUGUUCGAAUGGAUGUACAGCGAUAGCGCUGAUCGAGAGGAACGCUUCAACUACUUGACCAAGACUAUCGAAGAGGAGAACUCGCAACAACAAGCCAACAAAGCGCGAUAUGUGGAAUGCUUCCAAGGCACAAACUUCAAGCGAACUCUGACUAUCAUGUUUCUCUUCGGCAUUGUGAAUCUUGGCGGUGCGCCUUUCCUGUCUCAGUCGAUCUAUUUCCUGAUUUCCGUCGGUUUGCCUGCCAUUCACGUCUUCGAUAUUUCCGUCGGCGGUUUCGGCCUGGCAAUCAUUAUCAUUAUUGCCAGUGGAAUUCUCCUCAAAAACUUCAGACGCAGUCACAUCCUAUUCUGGGGCACUGUUAUCAAUCUUGUGUUCAACUUGGUGAUUGGGGCUCUAUAUUACGAACAUGGUGAUGGACCUAAGUGGGCUAUCGCGAUUCUCAUGAACCUUUUGAUCUCCUUGCAGGCGGCCUUCAUGCAAGCUUCGGGAUGGUCAAUUGCAGCAGAGGUUUCCAGCUAUCGACUCCGCGCCAAGUCCAUGGCGCUCGGAAUGAUGGCCCAAACUUUCACAACUUGGAUCAUCACAUUCGUCGUUCCGUAUAUGUAUAACGUGGACUCGGGUAACUUGGGAGCUCGAACUGGAUUUGUAUUUGCCGGCAGCUCGGUCCUGCUCAUUUGGGGUGUCUAUGCGCUCGUUCCUGAUACUACUGGCUUGUCGACUGAAGAUCUUGACAACUUCUAUGAGGCAAAGGUACCAGUGCGUAAGUUUGCGACUCACAAGGCGGCGAUGCAGUCUUGAUCGGGUACCCAGCUUGAAGAAAGUAGUUGAAACCCUGUUGAUUCGGAUAAACCGAAC